AACUCGGGAUUUCUUUAGUCGGGUCUCGUGGCACAGUUAGAGCCAUAGAGCUGUUCGGAUGGAAAUAAUUCCAGCAGUCCAAGGCUUUUGCCAGGGCGGUAUCUAAUUUCACAUAUUAGACACCAACGUCUGUUAUGCGUUUGAGAACCAGCUUGACCAGUAGAGUUUCGUAUUUUGUACAAUGUGGACGUAUUGGGUUCUGGUGCCGUUAUGCGUCGUUAAGGUGCGCGCCCAGUUUCCAAGAGAAUGCGUUACACCGGAGAUUCUCCGGAGUGCCCAGUGCUGCCCGUCUGUGUUUGGGCAGGUCAAUAAUCCGUGCGGAGUGAACACGGGACGAGGACAGUGCGUGCCUGUUCGCGUGGACCUGCGCCCUCACGGACCACAGUACCCCCACGACGGGCGGGAUGACCGCGAGCGCUGGCCCUUUAAGUUCUUCAAUCGCACAUGCCAAUGCAACAGCAACUUUUCCGGCUAUAACUGCGGGAGAUGUAGACACGGGUUUACCGGGCUGAACUGCGAUCAGCCUGUCCCCGUGGUCAGAAGAAAUGUCAUGACGCUGAGCCCAGCCGAGAAGCGCGCCUUCGUGAACGCUCUCGACCGGGCCAAGCGUGCUACGCACCCCGAUGUUGUCAUCGCCACGCGGCGCUACGAGGAGGUGUUUGGACCCGACGGCAACAGCACGCAGUUCCAGAACAUCACCGUCUACAACUAUUUCGUGUGGGCGCACUACUACUCUGUCAGUAAAACCUUCCUCGGCGGCGGACAACCGAGCUUCGGGGGAGUGGACUUCUCUCACGAGGGCCCCGGGUUCCUGACGUGGCAUCGGUACCACCUACUGCAGCUGGAACGCGAUAUGCAGGACAUGUUGCAGGACCCGGGUUUUGCGCUGCCGUACUGGGACUUUGCCAUAGGAGGCAACCAGUGUGACAUCUGCACGGACGACCUGAUGGGCGCGCGCAGCAGCUUCGAUGACGGGGCCAUCAGCUCGAACUCCAUCUUCUCGCGGUGGCAAGUGAUCUGCGAGAGCGUGGACGACUACGACACCCUGGGUACCAUCUGCAACAGUACUGAAAAUGGCCCCAUCAGGAGGAACCCAGCAGGGAAUGUGGCUCGGCCCAUGGUGCAGAAGCUCCCUGAGCCUCAGGACAUAAAGGCCUGCCUGGAGGUCCAAGAUUUUGAUACACCUCCAUUCUACUCCACCUCUUCUGAGAGCUUCAGAAACACCAUUGAAGGUUACAGUGUCCCUGAGGGUAUCUACGACCCCAUAGUGCGUAGUCUACACAACCUGGCACACCUGUUUCUGAAUGGGACAGGUGGAACGACACACCUGUCCCCUAACGACCCAAUCUUUGUUCUGCUGCAUACCUUCACCGAUGCUGUCUUCGACGAAUGGCUCCGGAGACACCCAGAAUCGGCUGUGUACCCGCUGGAGAACGCGCCGAUUGGCCACAACAGACAUCACAACAUGGUGCCCUUCUGGCCUCCAGUCUCCAAUGCAGAAAUGUUCGCCACAGCACCAGAGAACCUCGGCUACUCCUAUGAGGCUGAGUGGCCAGCACGCCCCAUCACGCUGACUGAAAUCAUCACAAUUGCUGUGGUGGCAGCCCUUAUCGUUGUAGCAAUCAUCUUCACUGUCACCACGUGCAUCGUCCGCACUAGUUCCAACAAGACGGAGGGAAGACAGCCUUUGCUCGGAGAACAGUACCAGUGCUAUGAUGAUCAAGACAGCAGGCAUAAUGACAAGACCCAGUCUGUGGUUUAAAUGUACUAUUCUCCGUUUGGUAGACCUUUUGUAUUGUUUGUGCAUCAUAGAAUAAUGUUGAUGCUGCUUCAUUACAUUUUGGUGCAUUUUAAAUGAAUGGGGAAGUGUCUUAUGCCAUAUGAAUCCAACGUCUGGGUACUGCAAAAGUGCAUAAUACCAUUUAGUACUAAAUUUUAAAUAAUGUUUUGCAAUCUGGGCGUUAAUAGUAUUUUAAAAAUUGUUCUGUAAAGUUGUAUACAUCAUUUGGAUGUUAUUUUAUUGCUGUCACUUUAAUCAAAAGUCUGAAGACAUCCUGCAACUGAAUACAAUAAAUAAAAAUAAAUAAAUUAAAAAAUUAAAAAAUUAAAAAAAAAACUCUUACUAAAUCUA